AUGCGGCCGCACCGGGACCGGGCGGGACGGGGACGAGUCGCCGCUGCCGCCGCCACGGAGGGCGAGAAAGAUGCGGUCGCGGAGCAGCCGCUCGGGAGGCUGGAGGCGGCGGAGGGCGAUGGCGACAGCGACGACGACGGUAGCCUCUCGGGGGACGAGGAGGCGGAGGCGGCGGGGCCCGGCGGGAGAGGUGAGGGGGGGCCCGGCGGCAGCGCCUCCGAUCAGUCUGACAUGUCUUUCGAGGAAAUACUGCAGAUGCAGAGCGAUGCAAGAACAAGAGUGUGCAAACAGAUGACCAGUGGAAAGAAAACUUCAAAACCUACCAAAGCUAUGGUGAAGCAGCAACAAGGCAAAAAGGGGCCAUUGGAGAUGUCUGCCAAGAAGCCUGUGCCUUUUCUGCGACAAGUCGUCUCUGUUAGAAAGAAGGUCCACAGAGACCCUCGAUUUGAUGACUUGUCUGGAGAGUAUAAGCCUGAAAUAUUUAUGAAGACGUACAGCUUCCUGGACAGCAUCAAGAAGCAGGAGAAGGAGAUGGUUCAGAAGCAGCUGAAGAAAUGCCGGAACAUGGAGCAGAAGGAGAAACUUCAGCAGCUUCUGAACCGUAUGACACAGCAAGAACAGGCACAGAAAAAACAGCAGAAGCUGAGGGAGAGAGAGCUGUCUUUGAAGAGACAACAGAGGGAAUUGGCCAAGCAGGGAAAGAAACCCUUUUUCCUAAAGAAAUCUGAGAAACGGAAAUUGGAGCUAGCUGAGAAGUAUGCAGAGCUGAAGAGGAGUGGAAAGCUGGAGAGCUUCCUGAACAAGAAGAGGAAGAGAAAUGCCAUCAAAGACAAGCGCCGUCUACCCUCACAGAAGAACUUGUGA